AUCCUCAUCACGCAAUACUGUUUUUUCUCAGAUUCUUCCACUCGCCGAUUCUUCCACCGCACCUUGGCUGAUUCGAGGCGGAGUGCGACGCGACUGAGCGCAGUAUCGAAGUGUGCGCAAAACGCGUAGUGCGCUGUGCGUUCGUAUCGAGACUGUCUACGCGUUUUAUACAGAAAUCGCGCCAAUUACGAGUUACGUAGGUGUGAUCACUCGCACCGAUUUCGACCCCCCGCCAAUUGCCUUUCUCACCUCGCGCCGUGUAACUCGACACCUUCUCCGACGUUUGGAUCGCCCGAUCGACGCAUUUCGCGAUGUCCGAUCGCACUAGAAGGAGUAUUCCGCGUCGUUGCAUUGAAAAACGAGUGUUGUUACGUUACUGUUGCCGAAAAUCCACAUAAAUAUUCAACCGGCGCACCAGUUCGCGUCGUAGCAGGCGCGAAUUCAUUCCGAACAGUCUUUGAAGUUCUCUUUUCUUUUUCUCUCUUCCUUUCUUCUUUUUUUCCUCUUUUUUGCUGAGCGAGUAUCCUUCGAAUGACAAAGCGGCAACGGAUCAAAAGGAUCGCGAGUGAGAGGAGUGUUCCAGAGAUAUGUCGCACGAUUUAAACUCCUCGUCCUCGCCGCCGUCGUCCUCGGAGUGGCCGCCGGAUGAUGCGAGAGACGAGUACCUCGCCAGGUGGGAAAUCGCAGUGUUGACCAGCAUAUUCCUCGUCACGCUCAUCGGCAACUCUCUGGUCCUGCUGGCCCUUUACGCCCGGCGACGUUAUCAACGACGAAAAUUUACCCGGAUGUACUUCUUUAUCCUGCACUUGAGCGUGGCCGAUCUGUUGACCGGUCUGCUCGACGUUCUGCCGCAGCUCGCUUGGGAUAUAACGUUCAGGUUUCAGGGUGGAGCGGUGCUCUGUAAACUGAUCAAAUUCGGACAGCCUUUCGGCUUGUAUCUCAGUUCCUAUAUCCUGACGGUGACCGCGAUUGACAGGUACCAUGCCAUCUGCCAUCCCUUCAGUUAUUGCGGUGUCACAUCUCGAAGAUCGAAAAUGAUGGUGUACGGGGCGUGGGUGCUCGCCACUAUGCUGUGCGUACCGCAGAUUUUUAUAUUCUCGUACAUGGAAAUAUCGCCUGGCGUUUGGGAGUGUUGGGCCACUUUUUAUCUAAAAUAUGGCGAAAGAGCUUAUAUUACUUGGUACAGUGUUACGCAGUUCCUAAUACCCUUUAUAGCGCUCACAUAUACUUACACGAAGAUAUGCGUAUCGAUAUGGACGAGCAGUAAAAUGUCGGGAGUUAUUGAUCUCAAAAAGGGCAAUAAAGCCAGCUUCUGCCAGCGAAAUCGAGAUCCUCUCAUCUCCAAGGCGAUGAUCAAUACUGUAAAACAGAUGAUCGUUGUAGUUACUUUAUACAUCAUCACCAAUACCCCAUUCAUUGGAUGCGAACUAUGGGCAACGUGGAAUCCUAAAGCUUCCAGUUCACCAUUUAUCACUGGGGCUGCUUUCACUAUUCUAAGUCUCCUAAAUAGUCUCACGAGUUGCGUUAAUCCUUGGAUUUACUUUGCAUUUAAUAAAGAGUUACGUGCAGCGUUGACAAAUUUUUUCUACAGAAAGAAAGAUUAUUCGUUGACCUAUGGUAAUCAUAAUCUUGCACUAUGAAUAGCUCUCUCACAUAUAGAUGCACGUCAGAAUGCGUCGGAUGUGCCCUCUUCAACAUCGUCGUUUAUUUCUAGAAUCUCGCGACUUGCGAGUUCAAAGAUAUUUGGGUAGAGUGGAAAUGAAACAAAGUUUGCAUUUUGAGAAGGACUGUUUUGAAUAUAAAGAAUACACCCGCGUGAAUAUAGUUGAUGCAUAUAUACAUUCGCGGACGUGUAAAUCCGUUCGGCACGACAAUGUCGGAACAUGCAAUUUCUUUCUAUGAGCAUUUUUAUAAUAAAAAUUAUUUAUGAAAAACCUAUGAAAA